CAAUAUGCAUGGCGUACAAAAUCAAAAUCUACAUGUUUCUACUUGAAUUUGAUCAUCAUCACAAGAUAGACUUUUCGAAUUAGCUCCCUUUUCAGUCCUUUUAAUCGAUUGGCCCUUUUUCUUCGUUUUUCAAAAUGAUGACAACGACUACAAGUUUUCUAAUACGUUAACCCCCGCACCCCACUCCCACUCCCCUCAAACCCACUUCUUUCUGCUCGAUCCCAUUGCUCUUUCUUUAAUUCCCUUCCUCCUUUCACCUUAAUUUCAUAAUUGCCAUGGCUACACAAGUUUUCUCCACUACCCUUUUCCUCGCCUUAAUAAUAUUUCUGAAUAUUCCCGGCUUCACAAGGCCCGACGACGCCUGCCCAUAUCCAUGUUAUCCACCGCCCACCGGCACCGGCUCCGUCACCCCGACAACUCCGACAACCACCACUACACCGCCGUCCCAGACCGUCUCGUACCCGCCUCCAGCUGGAUACAACCCUUCACCGGUGGGAUAUUUACCAUACAACCCUCCACCUGCCACAGGUACUUUAUUUGCUUCCCCUCCCCCUCCUGACCCCAUCUUGCCCUACUUCCCGUACUACUACAAAAAACCUCUUCAUUCCACGUCCGAUCAGUCUUCGGCAGCCACUCUUGGAAGAUCAGCAGCCAUGAUUUCCCCGGCUAAUCUUCUUGUUUUUGUUUAUAUUUUAUAUUUUUAUGUUGCUAAUUAGGGAAAAUUUGAUGUAAUUAGUUUAAGCUAUUGCAUGUAAUGAGAACCGUUGUACGUAGUUGAUGGAUUUUGAAUUCGCCAAUUCGGCACCGGUGUUUAGUUGCAGGAUUAUGAAGGAAUUAAUAUGAAUUGAGAGAAGAGGAAAGUGGCUUUUCCUUUUUUCCUUUUUUUAAA